AUGGCCUCCUCCAGAUCCGUCACUGCGAUUCUGCAGCGCAAUCUGCUGAGGCGGAAUGCUACCAGAGCUGUAGCCCAACUUCCACGAUUUUUCCAAUCCAAUUCAAGCCUUGCCCGCCCCCGCACAAGCUUCCCUCCAACCCUGGCCCACUCUCGACCUUUCUCGAUCACAACUGUAAGGAAAUUUGCGGAUGUCAAUGAGGACUUUGAUCUCAAGUCAAUUGAUCGGGAGAGCGACGAGGUCGAUGUAUGUAUUGUCGGUGGAGGUCCUGCUGGUUUAAGUGCCGCUAUUCGUUUGAAGCAACUCGCAAAUGAAACUGGCAAUGAGGAUUUCCGAGUUUUGCUGCUGGAAAAGGCAGGAGAAAUUGGGGCGCAUAUCCUUUCUGGAGCGGUCAUCGAACCUACUGCAAUCAACGAGUUGAUACCAGACUGGCGGGCAGAGGACAAUGAGAGCGGAUUCAAGGAUGUCACACCGGCUGGGACCGAUAAAAUGCGAUUCCUUACAAAGAGAAGCUCGAUUCCCAUACCUGCCCCGCCACAAAUGAACAACCACGGAAAUUAUAUUGUCAGUCUGAACCAGUUUACCAAAUGGCUAGGAGAGAGGGCAGAAGAGAUUGGCGUAGAAGUGUAUCCUGGAUUUGCUGCAUCGGAAGUGCUGUACAAGUCGGACGGGUCAGUAAAGGGUGUCGCCACCAAUGAUUUAGGUAUCUCGCGGGAAGGGAAGCCCAAGGAUAGUUUCGAGCGAGGCAUGGAAUUCCACGCCAGGACUACACUUUUUGCAGAAGGAUGCCACGGAAGUCUCACGAAGCAAGUGAUAAAGAAAUUUGAUCUACGAAAAGAUAGCCAACCCCAAACGUAUGGUCUCGGACUGAAGGAGGUGUGGGAAGUCCAACCAGAGAAGUUCAAGAAGGGUGAGAUUACACAUUCGAUGGGUUACCCCCUGCCGGCGGAUACAUACGGUGGCGGAUGGAUGUACCACUUUGGAGACAAUCUCGUUAGUAUUGGGCUGGUCGUUGGGCUAGACUACCCGAAUCCAUGGCUCUCUCCAUAUGGCGAGUUUCAAAAGAUGAAGCAUCAUCCUCUUUACAAAUCUGUUCUAGAGGGCGGAAAAUGCAUCUCAUACGGAGCACGAGCCCUUAACGAAGGCGGUUUUCAGUCGAUACCUAAAGUCGCUUUCCCAGGAGGUGCUCUGAUCGGCGACACAGCAGGUUUCCUUAAUGUUCCCAAAAUCAAGGGCACUCACACAGCCAUGAAAUCUGGAAUGUUAGCUGCAGAGGCAACCUGGAAUGCUCUCAGCGCAAGCGACAGCGGUACAAUAUUCUUGUACGAAUACGAGGACUCCCUCCGCAACUCCUCUAUCUGGAAAGAGCUCAAGGAAGUCCGAAAUAUGCGUCCCUCCUUCCACACCCCGCUGAAACUUUACGGCGGCAUCAUGUACUCCGGUCUGGAAGCAUAUGUUUUGAAAGGCAAGAUUCCGUGGACGCUCAGCCACAAAGGUACCGAUGCUUCGGCUACAAAGACAGCGGACCAGUGCAAGAAGAUUGAGUACGAGAAACCAGACGGGAAAAUCAGUUUCGAUAUCCUGACGAGCGUGAGUCGGACGGGAACAAACCAUGAGGAGGAUCAGCCGGUGCAUUUGCAAGUUAAGGACUGGGAGAAGCAUGCUGCUAUGGAGUGGCCAAAGUACAAGGGUGUGGAGAACAGGUUCUGUCCGGCCGGUGUGUAUGAGUAUGUGGAAGAUGCGACGAAGGAUAUUGGGGUGAGGUUUCAGAUUAACGCUCAGAAUUGCAUUCAUUGCAAGACUUGUGAUAUCAAGGUUCCGGAUCAAGAUAUCAACUGGAGCGUACCCGAAGGCGGAGGUGGACCCAAGUAUUAUAUGACAUAG